UACACAGUGUUUCAGGAAGAGAGAGAGCUAGAUAGAGAGAAAAGAACCUUUUCAAAAGUAUUUAACUCCAUAGUUUAAAUUAUUUAACUGUUGUUUUGCUAAUAAGCUACACCCACACACAUUUGCGAACACACUCAGUCAUGGAGGGAAACGUGAAUGAAGAUGAUGGGACUUUUACUAACAUUUCACUAGCUGAUGAUUCAGCUGACGGAGAACCGACAGUCCUGCGCUUCAGACUGGAGGACCAGUACAGCACCAUGAAUUGUGAGAUUGAUGGAGAUAUGGAGAAUCAAGUUGAGCAAGAGGAAAAGACAAGACUCAUAAACCAAGUGUUGGAGCUUCAGCACACACUUGAAGAUCUCUCUGCGCGUGUGGACGCGGUGAAAGAGGAGAACCUUAAGCUCAAAUCAGAGAACCAGGUUCUCGGGCAGUACAUCGAGAACCUAAUGUCCGCCUCCAGCGUGUUUCAGACCACUGAUGCCAAAAGCAAACGGAAAUAACGAGUGGAUCACGUCUACAUACUCCAUCUCCUCUUUCCAGCAUUCAGACUACGAGCUCAUACAUAUAAGCCGCUGUUUUGUAUUUAUUUUGUUGUACAAUUUACUGAUACAUCUCUCAGCAUGGUUUGGGUAAUACCAUGGACUGAGCUGCAGACUUUCCGUGUCAGCUAACUGUGUUACAAGAUAUAAAAGGAUGCAUGAUGCAGUUUGUGAUCAGAUAAGUACAGAGCUGGUGUAAUACCACUCCUGUAUAAUUCAUUUAGCAGGUACGUAACCAAUCUCAAGACCGUCUCAUUGGCUUCACAACCUUUUUAAAUACUAGACAGCCAAAGUCUGGUUUUGAAGAGUUCUAAAAAUACAGUUAUGCUGAAUUUCAGCGUUUUUGGCUUUCCACAACUAACAUUUACAAUGUAAAGCAAGCACAGCUUGAACAUAGAAAUGUUCUCUUGAAAAUGCAUGACGUGAUAUAAAAGGCUAGGGAUGGAUAACCUAAAUUAGUCCUCACUCUUUUGGCAUGUGAUUUUUCUAUUGGCAAUUAUCGCAAUGACAGUUGCUCAGCUGGUGCAGAAAGUAUGCAAUUACAGUAAUUUCCUGACCCAUUGGUUUAAACGAAGUACCUCCUCAGUAUGUUACAUUAUAAGAGGCAUCUGACUCACCGAAUGACAUUUACUCACUUUCAUACUUGGAUUUAUCUUAAAAGGUCUGACUAGUGUACAAACCCAAGGUCUUUUGAGCAGGAUCAAUAGAUUGAAACCGGCUUGCAGUGUAAACUGCAGCAUUGUGUCGGAGAGUUUGCUCUUCAUGGUCGUGUCGUUUGGAUUGCGGGACUUAAAAUGGAUGAAAUAAAUGGAUUUGAGCUUUUACUGCUUUCAAAGACUGAAGUGAGGUUGAGUCUGCGGAGUGAUAUUGAUCUGAUUGCUCCAAAGUGUCUGCUUGAGCGGCAUUUACGAGGACGGAUUCUUUGCUCAGUUUGCUGAUGUGAAAUUUCACUUACUAUGAAUUAUUGACAUGACACUGAAGCAUCUGCAACAACACUACAUACUCAAUCUGUUUAAUAUUAUUUUUGUAAAAGAUUUCAGUCAUGUAAUUUAGGUCUGCAAGCACCCAAUGUAAAGUACUGCCUGUUCUAAAAGUGUACAUUUUAGUUUGUUACAAUUAUGCCUUUAAUAAAAUACUUUGCACAAAUGAGUAAGCCGUGUUCCUAGUUGAAGUCA